UCUGGCACACAGACAGAGAGAGAGAGGCAGCGAGGGAGGAAAAUCACAUUGAAAAAGACCUAAAGAUCAAAGAGAUCCACAAAAAAAUAGAGGGAAAGAAUUCUCAACUGCCAAGAAAAGGGGAAGAACAAGAACUGAUUUUUUAAAAAGUGUUUUCAUGAUCUCUAAAAUCUCUCUGCAUUGGACUUGGAAUACGCUUCUCUGCAGUGACAACCACCAGAUACCAACCAACUAAAGAAGACUUUGCUUUAACAUAAACUUUGGAACAGCAAAGAGGAGCUGGAGCCCUGAACAUACGAUAACAGAACACGAAAGAGAAACGAACGAACAUGGCAUUGGAAUAAAGAGAAACUCAGAGUGAGCACAGGUGCAGAAGAGAAGAGAGAGAGAGAGAGAGAGAGAGAGAGAGAGAAUCGAGUGAAGAGAAAAAAAGAAGAGAGAAGGAAAGCAUCAGAGGGUAUAUUAUUUCUGGGUCAUCACCCCCCGAUGAGAGGACAAGGUGUGCAGUGAUGGGUGAGCUCAGCUGCCCCAGUGCAUCGUGGGGGGGAGAGGGUGUGAAGGCUCUCGUGCUCUAUUCGCUCCUAGUAGUCGUACACACAUCCCAUGCCAAGCCUCCCCUCCCUCUCUCCCUCCUGGCCAAAAUCAUUGUCCCCCCUCCCUGGCACGCUCUGCCCCUGUCGCAGGCUGAUCUUGGCCCACUGUUCUCCAACUCCAGCCCCUUCGCCUUCACCCAGUCCCUGCUCAUGGUGCCUCCGGCUGGGACAGCCUCCAAAGCGGGGGUUCGAGCUUCAUUCGGGCCUUACUCUGUCAGCCAGCUGGUCUCUGGGCCCAUCCUCCCCCUCUCCCCUCCUCUGACUGCGUCUCUCCUCUCUAAACACGUGGCGAGAGAGGGGGAUGAAGGAGGAAAGGAGAGGUACAGGGUGCGUGUGUUGUUCCACGUACGAGGGGACACCAGCAGGGGGAGCUGUAUCACCCUCCACGCCUUCAAAGAGACUGAGGAGCAGAAGGCUUCGUGUGUCACACAGCCUCCACUGGGUCUGUGUGUGGUGACCCUGGCCCUACCUAAGGACUGGUUUGAGGCGGGCCAUACCAGCCAGCCCUACCUCAGCCCCAAACAGCGUGCCAGGCACACACACCGACACCGCACCCGUAAUCGGGGACGACGGCACGAGGGUGUUGUCGUCGGUGGAGCCGGUGGCAUCCCCUUCCCAGUGGCUCUCCGAUACAGCCCCGCCCACGCCGGCGACCGCAUCCAGCUGUAUUACUCAUUGUUCGGCACGGCGUCCAACCUCAAACUAGCGCCCCCUAGGUGUGUGCAAGACAAAUUACCACAGUCUCAGAGAGAGUUGUUUUAUAUAGCAGCUGUGACUCUGAGGGAGGACAAUAAGCGGAAUGAGGCCAACAGAACCAAAGAGGAAAUAGGCUGUUGCAAUGGACAGGAAGAGGAGGAGCUACGGUUGGAUUCCAACGUGCUGAUUCGCUAUCGCAGGGGACCAGUCCGAGCGGGACAGCCAAUUGGGGUUUCUGUGAACCUGAGGGCCAAUUUCAGUGCAGAGUUUGUUGUUAUCCGGCUGAAGGUGAAGAAAGGCCUUUUGUCUCUGGUGGCCCAGCGCUCUCUGAACUCUGACCUCUGGGUUGUGAACCUGGAGAGAACCCAGGGCUCCAAACAUGAUGUCAUCUCCAUCAUCUGCCACAAACUGGCCAGACACAUGGACAGCGACGGUCCCGCUGCUCUGCAGCAGGUUGCCUGUCUGUCAGUGGACGGCUUGCGCAGGAGUUUCGGGGUUGCCAUGACGGUCUCGGCCAGCUGGCGGGUAGAGUACUCAGGCCGUAAAAACCCUCCGCCACCACACGGCGGAGUCGUGAGCAGCUUCUCCUUCACUGACAGAGAGAUCGUGGGCAUCUCUCCCAUAACUGAAAGUGGCAUGAUCAUCAACACGGCCAUCUUGACCAGCGAGCCCGUGUCACUUCCUGUCAUUGUGCUGGCAGUGGGGCAUGACGGGAAGGUGUCGGAUAUCACCGCGGCGGUGAAGUGCCAGUCGUCCAACGAUGAUAUCGUCAAGGUGUCAAGCGAUUGCUCCACCCUCUUCGUGGACGGAAGUGAAUCAGGGGUGGGCAGCACCUGUGUAGGGGUGGAGUUUCUCCUGGGCACGCUCAGUGGGUCCCUGUGUCUGUCCGUGUGGGCUCCUGUCGUCCCGCUGCGCGUCUCCCUGUCCGACAACGAGCUGAGCGCCAUCGAGGGCUGGAACCACCACGCGGAGAACGGCUGUUCUCCGGUGUAUCAGAGGUCCACGGUUCAGGUUCUGACCCAGUUCAGUGCUCAGGGGGGCCAGGGUCAGCUGACCUACCUGCUGGGCUCCUCUGAUUGGUUUGUGGAUGCCACGGAGAUGGUCCAUAAUUGGCUGAGGGUAGAGAAUCCUCGCGUGGCGGUCCUCGACAAGCAGAGCAAUCUGAUUGGUCUACACCCGGGGAAAACUUCAGUUCAUGUCAUAUCAAGCCAAUGGGACGGUGUUCUGGGUAGCUGUGAUGUCAUCGUGACCUCUGAACCCGUGACCCCAGGUGACCUCUCAGUGCAGGUUGUGGGAGGACUCAGUAUGUCAAUCAAUGCAAGCCCUGCCCAUCCGGCUGUUGUCACGGCAACAGUGACAGCUUACAACAUCCUCUACCACCAUGGGCAGGAAGCGUCAAUCAGUGUCUGGCUCCAGUUCAGUGAUGAUAGCGCCACGUUGCUCUCCACCUUCAGCCGUGGUACCUUCGCCCUUCGCCUCUCCUCAUUGGCAGAGACUGUGGUUGCCGUGAUGCCCGGCCCGUUGCUGCGCGUCGUCGCCCAGGGCGAAGGGGGCGGGCCUUUACUGAAAGCAGAACUCCUGGUCACCCCCUGCAAGCCAAUGGCGAACUCCGUUGAUGGGGACCUGGCCAAUUCGAAAGAAGGAAGCGGGACCAGGAGGCUGGCUAAAGGAUCAGGUUGGAUCAGGGUGAACCUGGACACAGACCUUCGUCCAAUGGGAAGCGAGGAGGCGGACUUUGAGCUGCUCGACAUGUUGGACAUGCUGGUUGAGUCAUCGGACAGGGACGUUAAGUACAGCAACUUCCUGGACAAUGACAUCAUCAUAGGGAACGUCACCACCGUCAAAGGUGACGACUACUAUGACAAGGCCGGCGAUGGGAUGAUCGCCAGGAACGACCUGGAGAGAGCGGUGUUGACCCCAAAUCACGAAGAGAGCGCUGUGUACUUCUCUCCCGGGGUGGAGAGAGAGAGGGAGGGGAAACUGGAGGAUACAGAGCUGGGGGUGGGUGUCGGGGCAGUUCUCUCCCUUCUCUGCCUCUCCGUACUUCUCUUCCUGGUGAAUUGUCUGCCCUGCGCUUUGAGGGAGCGGAGGAUGAGGAGGAAGGGCGUGAACACGGAGGGGGUGGAGGGAGUGGUGAAGGAAGAGGGGGAGGAAGGAAAAGAGGAGGCGGCAAAGGGUGUUGCAGAAAAGAACGACAUAAUGACAUCGUGCCCCGGGGUAAUAUCGCUCCAUGAGACUUUUCCAGAAGAGAAAGAGGGGCAGUCAGAUCAAAGCAUUGACCAUUAAGGCUGCAUCCGAAUAGGCACCUUAAUCCUUUUAAAGAGUUAAGAGCCCUGUGGUCAAAAGUAGUGCACUAUGUAGGGGAUAAGGUGCCAUUUUAUUCAGGCGAGAAAGGUUGUUGAUAAAAAUCAUCGUUCUUAGGAAAAUUGACUACGUAUUCCUGUCACCGUGUCACCAACAAUGUAUCUUAAUGUCUUACAAGGUCAUCUUCGUAUAGGCUAGUUUUUUUUCUUGGGUAUUUAUGUAUGUCUGAAUGUUUGUCUAGCUACCAUCGUAACUAUCCAACAUAAAAACAAUAGACCUACUGAACUAUAGGACCAACCAUUUAGGUGUUGGGUAACAAAAAUAGUUGGAACAAUUGUAAUGUUAUCUCAGAAAUGUCAAAUCUUGAUAGUCCUAAGUUAAAUAUGUGUGCAGAAACAUUGCACGUACACGACUGUACAUAUCUGUCAUAUUUAUUUUAUUGGUAUUCACAUUCAUCCAUAUACAAUUGGUUGUCAUUCCUUUUUCGAUUUAGGACUCAAUGCAAUCCGUAUCGCUGAAGUUCACCGCUAUAUUGCAAUUGAGUUUUAAAGGCAGCGUUCCCGCGUUCCAGCGUUCCCGCGUUCCAGCGUUCCAGCAUUCCAGCGUUCCAGCGUUCCCGCGUUCCCGGAGACUGAAUUCACCAUAAAUACGGCACAUUUCAGCUCAAUCGGAAACGACCUUUACAUUUCAAUGAAUCAAGCCCUUUUAGACCUUUUGACAAAAUAGUAUAGGGUUGCAAAAUCCUGGUAAUUUUCCCAAAAAAUCCCGCCGGGAUGACUCCCAGAUGACUCCCAGUUGUAGGAUGCCAACAUGCUUAUUCCCGCCUGAUUCCAGAGAUUCUCCAACUGGGAUUUCCGUAAGAACUGGGAAUUUGGAGCAAAUGACCAGAAUGUGCAACGUUAUUCCUGCACAUACUUAUGAUUGCUUUAUGCCUCGCUUUAUGUCUCUCUCAAAUGUCAAUAUGCCUUGUAUACUGUUGUUUAGGUUAGUUAUCAUUGUUUUAGUUUACAAUGGAGCCCCUAGUUCCACUCAUCAUACCUCUGAAACAUUUUCCAUCAAGAUAGAACUGCCAAAAGGGGGAGGAGUUAGCCUGCAAAGGUCGGUCAUACUUUCCAGGUCUAUACCCAAACAGUUCGAACUUCUAAUGUUAAAAAUGAAUCUCUCCAGAAAUAAGUCUCUCAGUGUUGCCACCUGUUAUCGACCCCCCUCCGCUCCCAGCUGUGCCCUGGACACCAUAUGUGAACAGAGUUCGUUCUGUUAGGUGACCUAAACUGGGAUAUGCUUAACUGUAUCCGCUAUGGGUCAGCGGUCAAACGACCACCCCUCAUCACUGUCAAACGCUCCCUGAAACACUUCUGCCAGCAGGCCUUUCUAAUCGACCUGGCCCGUGUAUCCUGGAAGGAUAUUGACCUCAUCCCGUCAGUCGAGGAUGCCUGGUCGUUCUUUAAAAGUAAUUUCCUCACCAUCUUAGAUAAGCAUGCCCCUUUCAAAAAAUGUAGAACUAAGAACAGAUAUAGCCCUUGGUUCACUCCAGACCUGACUGCCCUUGACCAGCACAAAAACAUCCUGUGGCGGACUGCAAUAGCAUUGAAUAGUCCCCACGAUAUGCAAAUGUUCAGGGAAGUCAGGAACCAAUACACGCAGUCAGUCAGGAAAGCAAAGGCUAGCCUCUUUUGGGACACUGUAACGUCCAUGGAGAAUAAGAGCACCUCCUCCCCGCUGCCCACUGCACUGAGGCUAGGUAACACGGUCACCACUGAUAAAUCCAUGAUAAUCGAACAUUUCAAUAAGCAUUUCUCUACCGCUGGCCAUGCUUUCCUCCUGGCUACUCCAACCCAGGCCAACAGCUCCGCCCCUCCCUCCCCCCGCAGCUACUUGCCCGAGCCUCCCCAGCUUUUCCUUCACCCAAAUCCAGAUGGCAGAUGUUCUGAAAGAGCUGCAAAAGCUGGACCCGUACAAAUCAGCUGGGCUAGACAAUCUGGACCCUCUCUUUCUAAAACUAUACGCCGCCAUUGUUGCAACCCCCAUUACCAGCCUGUUCAACCUCUCUUUCAUAUCGUCCGAGAUCCCUAAAGAUUGGAAAGCUGCCACGGUCAUCCCCCUCUUCAAAGGGGUGACACUCUAGACCCAAACUGCUAUAUACUGAUAUCUAUCCUGCCCUGCAUCUCUAAAGUCUUCGAAAGCCAAGUUAAUAAACAGAUCACUGACCAUUUCGAAUCCCACCGUACCUUCUCUGCUGUGCAAUCCGGUUUCCGAGCCGGUCACGGGUGCACCUCAGCCACGCUCAAGGUACAAAACGAUAUCAUAACUGCCAUUGAUAAAAGACAGUACUCUGCAGCCGUCUUCAUCGACCUGGCCAAGGCUUUCUUAUCGGCAGACUCAAUAGCCUUGGUUUCUCUAAUGACCGCCUCGCCUGGUUCACCAACUACUUUGCAGACAGAGUUCAGUGUGUCAAAUCGGAGGGCCUGUUGUCGGGACCUCUGGCAGUCUCUAUGGGGGUACGACAGGGUUCAAUUCCCGGGCUGACUCUUUUCUCUGUAUAUAUCAAUGAUGUUGCUCUUCCUGCGGGUGAUUCCCUGAUCCACCUCUACGCAGACGACACCAUUCUGUAUACUUCUGGCCCCUCUCUGGACACUGUGUUAACUAACCUCCAAACGAGCGUAGAUGCCAUACAACACUCCUUCCAUGGCCUCCAACUGCUCUUAAACGCUAGUAAAACCAAAUGCAUGCUUUUCAACCGUUUGCUGCCCGCACACGCCCGCCCGCCCGCCCGACUAGCAUCACCACUCUGGACAGUUCUGACCUAGAAUAUGUGGACAACUAUAAAUACCUAGGUGUCUGGCUAGACUGUAAACUCUCCUUCCAGACUCAUAUUAAACAUCUCCAAUCCAAAAUCAAAUCUAGAAAUCGACUUCUUAUUUCACAAAAAGGGGCCUCCUUCACUCACACCACCAAACAUACCCUAAUAAAACUGACUAUCCUACCGAUCCUCGACUUCGGCGAUGUCAUCUCCAAAAUAGCUUCCAAUACUCUACUCAGCAAACUGGAUGCAGUCUAUCACAGUGCCAUCCGUUUUGUUACCAAAUCACCUUAUACCACCCACCACUGCGACCUGUAUGCUCUAGUCUGCUGGCCCUCACUACAUAUUCGUCGCCAGACCCACUGGCCCCAGGUCAUCUAUAAGUCUAUGCUAGGUAAAGCUCCGCAUUAUUUCAAUUCACUGGUCACGAUAACACCCACCCGUAGCACAUGUUCCAGCAGGUAUAUCUCACUGAUCAUCCCCAAAGCCAACACCUCAUUUGGCCACCUUUCCUCCCAGUUCUCUGCAGCCAGUGACUGGAACAAAUUGCAAAAAUCGCUGAAGUUGGAGACUUAUAUUUCCCUCACCAACUUUAAACAUCAGCUAUCUGAGCAGCUAACCGAUCGCUGCAGUUGUACAUAGUUCAUCUGUAAAUAGCCCACCCAAUCUACCUACCUCAUCCCCAUACUGUUUUUAUUUACUUUUCUACUAUUCUGCACACCAGUAUCUCCACUUGCACAUCAUCAUCUGCUCAUUUAUCACUCCAGUGUUAUUCUGCUAAAUUGUAAUUCUUCACUACUACAGCCUAUUUAUUGCCUACCUCCUCAUGCCUUUUGCACACACAUAUAGACUUUCUUUUUUCUACUGUGUCAUUGACCUGUUUAUUGUGUUAUUGGCUUGUUUAUUGUUUAUUCCAUGUUAUUCCAUGUGUAACUGUGUUGUUGUGUGUCACACUGCUUUGCUUUAUCUUGGCCAGGUCGCAGUUGUAAAUGAAAACUUGUUCUCAACUAGCCGACCCGGUUAAAUAAAGGUGAAAAAAAUAUAUAUAUAUGUUCUGGUUGAUCUCAUCAACCAAAAGAAAAACCCACUAAAUAUACAUUCUAUAAUAA